UGGCAAUGAUCUCCCGAAAACCAUUAGUCCACAAGUACAUGUUCGAUCGGGCUACCGCUAGGGUUGCAUCCACUCCAAGUGACCCUUUAUCUAACUCAUAGUGUGUUUCCACAAGGAUAAUCGUGGCAUUUGUGAGUGAACUCAUAGGUGGAGUCAAUAAAAAAUCAAAAGUGCGUCUUUGCGACUGUUGAGUCUCUUUUACAAACUUCAGUGACUGUUGACUCCCUUUUACAAACCUCAGUGACUGUUGGAUUUCUUUGUAACGAAGUAACUCAAACAAACAUUCAAUCCUACAGUAAGCGAAAAAUUACCAGCUGCAGCACUUUGGCACUAGCUUAGUGAAAAGGACUCUAGCGAAGUGUUUUGACGACUACGUGUCAGACGAGCAUUUUGGGCAAGAUGUCAUCUGCAAAAGUAAUGUCGGCCAACAUCUCAACCCUUGCUUUGCAUCGCUUCAACCCACGAGAUGCUGGAUUCACAGGAUCCUGGCGAGAGCUCCCGUUGGCCGCACAAGACAUUUUACAGGCACGGGUCUUUGACGGACCCGGCGGCUAUGUAAAGCACGACCUUAUUUUCCCACGACCACCGCUUCAGGCUGUCGAAGACAACCUAAAUAAAUGGCAUAAAAACAUGGUGCAAGAUCUUCAGAAGAACUGCGGACGCCGUGGCACGAUUACCUCAGCUCCCAUCGGAAUGAAGAGUCCGUUCUGGAGCUCCGACAAGAAAAAGUCUUGGAAAUCUCCAAACGGGUAUGUUAAUCUCGAGGACAGUCCCAACCCCGUCAAUCAAUCGAUGCUGUCCGCGCCCCAACCUCCGCCGAGGCAGGAGCUACCAGUGGUGUCAACAAUUACCAACAACUACGCGACGCUCGCAGCUGCCGAACGAUCUCAACUCUCAACCCAGGCCGGAAUUAGCGUCGCCGCAACGGUCGCUGACAUUCAACGGAAAACAGUUGAGCAGACACGACAAAAACCCAGUCGAUGCCAUGAUAGAAAGGUUUCUAUGCGAGGUGCCGCACCCGAUACGAUGUCUUUGCCUAGCCUUCGGAAGCCAUUGGUGGCCCACAGAGCGACCGGUGCGAUGGCCUCAUCAUCUGGAUUGGGACCUCUUAGCCAAUGGCAGCUGACCGGCGAGAAUUACAUUGAUUCCGAGCAGCGCAAACGGCACAGAGCUGCACUGGCACCUCGCCGUAACGAGGACCAUUUCGUGAGUUCUUCAUCAAAGGAGAACCGCCGUGUGAUGUAUUCAUGCGGCCCACUUGGGGGAACCUGGGAGACCACACACUCGGGUCAUACCUCACCAGACUCUCCGGGCUCCGUUGCAUCUUCAUCUCCGAAUUCUCUCGCCUCGUCUUCGAUGGCGGACGUUGAGAAACCGCUCCGAAAGCCACGCGAGGAAAGAUCGACAGUGUUCGACAGAACGGUGCGGAUCCCGCGCAAGAAGCUCGUCUUGGACGGACCCCUACAUGCCACCUCGUACGCGCAUUGGAAUUCACAGGUGUUCCCUCCACCUCCCGGCAAUGCUACGAACGGGUCCUCUGACUGACUCAGCAGCCGCUUCGCCGCUGAAGUCCGCCGCCCUCAACGGCCACUCCACAUAUGCGCUGCAAAACCUUCGAUGGCAAAAACAUUCCGUAUCGAAGUUAAAGUUAGACAUGAAGACACUGCUGCUUUAUAUGAAAGGCGUAACGGCCACGCUGAUAAAUUGAGUUACGUAUUUGACGUACUUUACGCAAGGGUGCCAGUGUUGAACUAAGCAAAAUGGCAGUAACAGCGCGAUUAGAAAGAGGAGCAUUCAAAUAUCGAGUCUGAACUACUAUUUGAACUAGACUGCUUCUAGUGUUUCUUGAGAAAACUUAUACAAUUUCAAGAACGAGCUUGUUUGCUGGUAGAGAAAAUGGCAGAUUAGAUUCGGUGGAUCAGCUUAUUACAGCCAAAUAUAUUAUAUACAACGAUUUAAAACAACUACGCUCUUUAAAGCUAUUCUUAAGACAUCAACAUGCUGACAGGUUAACUAAUUUACUUCGGUCAAAAAUGUCAAUGUGCCAUUAGUGUCUGUACAACGGAAGCAAGCUAAACGAACUGCAGUAAAUUUUGCAUAAAGUAGAAGUAAAACUCCAGAGGGUCAUUGUGAUAGGCGAAAUCGUAUGCUAAUACGUCUAUAUGAGGGACUGAUGCCUAGCCGUCUAUCUAGUCCCCUGUAAAUAUACAACUGUGCAGCCUGUUUCAGUAUAGGCUAAUCCGUAUGAUUGGCAUUGAUUCUACUUACUGCUGAAAAUAGGGCAAUCAGUAUUAUUCACUCGGCCUAGGAAUCGUUUUCACAGUAAUCUGAUGUACGACCGUCCUGGACAAGCAUGACCCAGUCCUAGUGGACUUCGGUGCGUGAUUACUUAGACAUAAGAAAACGACUUUGUUCAACCUAUCUUCUUGGAUUCCGAAACGUAAAUGUGGCUGCCUAUGAACUCCAUAAGAUGUUACUGUCAUCAACUCUACUGUUCUAGAUCAAUACCAUGUCAGUGCGUUCCCAACAAGAAGCUUGUUAUCUUACACACAUUAUUACCAUAUACCCUUACGCUAGCACCACUAUAGUUAGGGAUCCUUCAAUGUAUGUUAUUGGGCGAUUAAAAAAAAGGAUGAUGUAACUAUCACAGACGUCUUCCCUUUGAACUGAAGAUAUUCUGUCGAUGGUUUUUGUUAGAUUCCCCACAGAUUGACUACGACCGUUGGCGUUCUGAAGUACAUCAAUAGAAAAUCAGUUGAAUUCGUGCUGAUAAAAGAUGGUAGAAAACGCUAAUGAUCGGUCUUCUGAACCGGAAGUUUUGCUGAAAGCGGGUCGGAUGACAAUGGGAACUCUACUCUCUUCUGCCCCCGCAUGCAGAAGAUGGGUCUGAUGUUGACCACUUGUUCAUGAGGCUACUAACAGUAAAUAAGCUUGAUUCUGUUUGGCAGAACCCGAUCGUGCAGGCCAGUUCAGCUCGAUGCAUGGCAUCCAUCUUUUGAAGACCUUCUUCUAAACGUUUAUGAUCAGUUUCACUAUAGUUCUAUUGUACGAUGAUUCAAUCACCCUAUCUAUAUCUAGGCAAAGUGACGACGAACGCUGUACAAAUAGGUUGCACCUUUGUCGCCACUAGGUAUUUAGAGAAUUAUAUGAAACAGGCAGACGCUAAAUACUGUACUAUAUGUAAAUAUGCUAGAAGAAUUACCCUGUAUACUAUUGAUAACAACAAUAAUAAA